CUGGUUAAUAAGCGAUAUUCUUUUAUCAUGUAGGUACCCAUCUAUUUGUUUGUUAAGCUUUGUGGUACAAAUAUCAGAAUCACCACAGCUAUCACAGUAAAUAAUGUAAAUAAUACUGAUAAGCGCUAGGGUGUUUAUUGGAUAAUAAGCCUUGCAGGUAUAUAAACCCGUGUGGAGUGCAAUUGUUUAACCCAUUUGUCUUCUAUAAUCUACGAUUGCACCGCAGUAAAAAACUUGGAUCUCGUAAGAUGUCUUCACUAUCAGCUGAUCAAAAGCAGGCGGCGUUGGAAACGCAAGCUGUCAAUAACCUCCGCGAAUAUCUGCAAAUUCCUUCCGUGCACCCUAACGUUAAUUACGAUGGCUGUGUCAAGUUUCUGGAGAAACAGGCCAAGAGUCUUGGGCUGCCCAUCCAGGUGCAUGAAAUCGUCAAAGGAAAACCAGUCGUGAUCAUCAGCUGGGUGGGAAGGGAACCCAGCUUACCUUCGAUCAUGCUGAACAGUCAUAUGGAUGUUGUUCCUGUAUUUGAAGAUAAAUGGACCUACAAACCAUUUAGUGCACAUAUGGACGAACAGGGUAAUAUUUAUGCUAGAGGAGCACAAGAUAUGAAAUCUGUAGGAAUACAAUAUUUGGAAGCAAUUCGGUGGUUGAUGUCAAAAGGUGUUACUUUAAGAAGAACUUUGCAUGUGACGUUUGUUCCAGAUGAGGAAAUAGGUGGGAAAGAUGGAAUGGCUGUGUUUGUUAAAACAAAUCUAUUUAAAAACCUGAACGUGUGUUUUGCCCUAGAUGAAGGCAUGGCUUCAGAAACUGAUGUAUUUGCAUUGUAUUACGGUGAACGAUCUAUUUGGCAAGUGAUGUUCUACUGUCCCGGACACACUGGGCACGGCUCUUUGCUUCUGGAAAACACUCCCGGAGAAAAGGUUGCAUAUCUGUUAAAGAAAAUAUACGAAUUUAGGAAAACCCAACAGGAUAAAUUGACGGACAAUCCUGAUAUGACGCUCGGAGACGUCACCACAGUCAACGUUACAAAGUUGAAUGGCGGCGUCCAAAACAACGUGAUCCCUCCAGAGUUCACUUUUGUGAUGGACAGUCGAAUCGCCUUGUCAGUGGAUCUGCAGAAGUACGAGGAAAUGCUGAACAGGUGGUGUCAAGAGGCGGGUCAGGGGGUUCAUUUCAAGGUCGACAAAAAGCAGAUGCACAUCCCGGCCACAAAGCUGGACGCUACGAAUCCGUUCUGGAUGGCGUUCAAAGAGGUCACCGACAGGCUUGGUCUGAAGCUGAAGCCGCAAGUGUUUCCCGGCGGCACCGAUUCACGCUACUUGCGCGCCGUCGGCAUCCCCGCGUUGGGUUUCUCGCCGAUCAACAACACGCCGAUUUUGCUGCACGACAACGACGAGUUCCUGAACCGAUGCACUUUCGUGCGCGGCAUCCGUUACUAUUGCGACAUCUUGCAGCAAGUCGCCGAAGUCGAGGAACGGUCAGGCUGAGACGGACUUCCGGUCGCGGUCGGCGUUUCGCCGCCGGCCCCGACCAAACGGCCGAGGUUGGAAAAAAUCGACCAUCUCGAGGCAAUCGCCGUCGCCGCCGCCGCCGCUUUCCAAAAUUGCAAAAGGGAAUCGGCAUCGACGUCCUCAUGAGGAGCGGUUUGUACUUUCGUGGAACAUAUGUGAUACUGUCUGUGGAUUAAUACGAUUAUGGUGCAUUUAUUAUUAUCAUUAUUCGAGGGCCUGCUUUCUAUAUUCAACGGAUCUUGCUGACACUGACAUAAAUGCUUUUGUAAGCGAUUUAUUAACUAUUAGCUUGUUCUGAAGGUUCUUGCGGUUUUUGUUAUUGAUGAUGAAUUUUACACUAAAAUUUAUUUAUAAUACUUUGACUUUAUAUAUCAUUUUAAAGCGCGUUUUUUUUUUGUUCGUUUUUUUAAGAUUUAUUUAGCAUGAUUGCCACAAUUACAUUCUUCUAAAAAACCAAACAAUUACAUAAUUCCUUUAAUUUUCUUUUAAAUAUCUUUAAAUUACAAGUAGACUUUAUAUCAUUAAUUACUUUAUUAAAUUCAAGUAAUCCUUUCUGAAACAUUGAUUUGCUAGUUAUAUUAUUUGUAAAUGAAAAUAUAUAUUUCUUCUUGUAUAAUAAUUGUGGUAAUGAUUAUUCAAUUCCAUGUAGUGUUCUGAAUGUUCUGGCAAAAGAUGAUUUUUUAUUUUUUAUUUAUUCAACCACUGCAAUUCUUUUAACAUAGAUUUUAUUUAGGUGUACUUAUUUUUAUUCAAUAUUAUUCUCAUAGCUUUAUUUUGCAAGAUUUGUAAUUUUCAGAAUACAGCUUCUUUGGCAGUGAACAAAAUAGUUGAAGGAGUAUGCAUAACUUUUGCAAUAAAAUUUUGUUCGUUCGUUAUUAUCAAAUGUAUAAGUGUUCGUCUCUGUCUAGUCGUUAUAUUCGUUUGGUUUUGAGAUAAUUUGUUUUUUUAAGACUUCAAAUAUAGGAUGUCUAUAUGAAGGGGCCAAUGAACGAAUUGGGCUAUGAACUCCGCCCCAUUCACCAUAUUCACGAUACACAUUCAAACACCUCGACAACGUCCUUCGCGAGAAAUGCUUCAAUAACCGUGACGAUGCGAAAAAUGCCUUCAAUGACUUCAUCGCCUCCAGAUUUCUACGUUAGCGGCAUAAAUAAACGUGUUUCUCGUUGGCAAAAGUGUACCUAUUCUAACGGUUUUUAUUUUGAUUAAUAAAGCCUUGUUAAAGCUGAGAUAUGCUCCUUUGAAUUCGAAGGUUAAAACCGCAAAAACUUCCCGAACAACCUCAUAUAAUCUUUAAGAAAGUUGUAAAGCAGGUCCAUACUGAUUCAAUAUAAGACUUUAAAAUAUUACUCUUCGAAUUUUUAUAGUAUUUGGAAGAGUGAGCGUGGUGAAUAUCAAUUUUUUAGCUUUUAAGAGAAAGUUUUUCGUAAUGUAUUUUGUCACAUGCGAUCCACGAAUGACCUAUAAUAUUCUGUGUAAAUGUUUUUUUCCUUUAAUUAUUCCUCAUACCAUACAAAAAUUACCCGUGUGUAUUUUAAAAUUCCGCAGUCAUAGUUUCUCUUUAUAGUCGCAAUUUUUAAUUUUCCUCAAUAUGCAAGGCUUAUUACUUUCAUCGUUCAACAUAAUUCAGUUCAGAAACAUUUUGUGUCUAAAAAUUGACAGCUGUCGGUUAUUUUUUUAAGAAUUAUCAAUCUCGUAUAUAAAUCGACUGAAUUAUGAAUAUCAACAGUAUUUUGAGGAUACUACGGUGUGUAUACUGAAACCGCAGGAAACAAAGACUCUAAGUGGUCUAAGCAUUUAUUUAUUUUUAUUAUAUCCUAUCGCUCCUUAUUAGGAAAAGGUUUCGCCCAAAUAAGAUAUUUUGCUUGUUUGGCUGUUUAACUUACGAUCAUAUAAAAACGCUUACUAAAUGUGGUUAUCAAGGGACAAGGGCGUAUCCAGCUCAAAAAACAUUUUUUUGUGGAAGUUCCACAAAUCAUAUCUACAUAACUGUGCUUGAUAUUUUUCAAGCAAGUUUGCAUUCUCUAUGGCGUUUGAGCAUAUAAUGUGAAAAAAUACUCAUUUUAUCAAAUUUAAAUAAAAUUAGAAAAAAGGGUGCUUCGUGGAUUCGAACCUGUGUCUUGCGGAUCUGUAACCGUUACUCCAUCCCACUACGCCUCUUGAUUUACUGGAUCUUUAUACCACUAUGCUUGACACGGACAAAUGUCAAGCUAACGUUGGCUGCACAUCAAGUCUGUUAUAAACAAUCAGAAUAAUCUCAAAAACUACACAAGAUAAAACGCUGAAACGCAAGCAAAAUUUUCCUUAAAGGAGACAAAAUUCAAAUAGACGUCAAACUUUGUUGAUAUACGAGCCCCUUCCCACUUCAGUUGGCCCACUUCAAGAUUUGUACCAAAAUAUGCCUUUAUAAACUAAACAUGACGAAACUAUUUACUUCUAAAACAAUUUAUUUUCUCAAAAACAUUUUAGAUACACUCUAGUCGUAAAAAAUACAUAUUGGAAAUCACUUAGACCUAUAACUGAUAGAACAUCUGAACAAAUAAACAAUCUGCGAAUAAAUGCUCGAAGUUAACAAAGCAACAGUUGAAAGAUUACCAUUGGGUAACAUCACCUUUAUUUUUUAUUACGGCUGAAAUUCUUUGAGGCAUAGUGUUAACCAAGUUUUGGCAAAAGUUUGCUGUAAAACAAUCCCAUAUUUCUUGAAGCUUUUGUCUCAGUUCGGUGAUUGUACGAGCAGGAUGUUGUCGUAGAACCUUUUUCAUCUCAUGCCACAAAGUUUCAAUAGGUGACAGAUCUAGACUGCUAGAAGCCCAUAGCAAAAGUGGUACAUUAUUUUCUUCCAUCCAUUUUAUAGCCUGUUUUGAGGUAUGGCACGCUGUACCAUCUUGCUGGAACACAAAAUCUUGGCCGGAUGUCAAACAUUCUCCCAGCACUGGUAAAAGCGAUUCUUCUAAAAUUGCCAAAUAUUUGUUUGUAUCCACAUUUCCAUCAAUAAAAUGAAGUUUUCCUACUCCUUUUGAUGACAUACUGCCCCAGACCAUAAUGGAUGUUAGAAAUUUCACUUUUCUCUUCAGACAGUCAACAUGGAAUGCUUCAUUUUUUUGCGAAUAACUCUACUGCGACUGUCACAACACAAACUUCGAAUCGGGCCUCAUCACUCCAUUGUAUUGCACACCAUUGUUGAGGUGUCCAUUGUCUAUGUUCUUUAGUCCAUUUAAGCUGAUUUUUCUUUUGCAGUGGAGUUAAUAGUGGCAUUUCUUUGGCUUACAAACAAGUUGUGCAACUUUAGGGUUUUUACUUCACUUUUUUUUAUAAGAAAACUUACCUUGCAAGUGCUAAAUCCCAGUUUGUGGGCCUCUCUAUGAGUUGCGGACCUCGAAAUUCUCCUUUCAACAGCGUCACUCCACAGAGCACUUAAUUGUAAAUAAUUGGCACGCCUGUUUUUCACGAUUAUUAGAUGUUACUCAUUUCCGUUAAAAUCUACUACUUUUUGAAAAGGCGUAACCCAGUGUACAGGGUAAUUCCAAAAAAUUAUAUUGAAAAUAAGAAAAGACAAAAAAUGUGAUAUAUCUCUUGGGUCCCAGAAACAAAGCUUUUGCGCUCUUGUCACCAAGGAAAAGUCUCUUAUUACACGACAAAUUUUAUGUUGCUAUGUUCAUCCUCAUCUGUCUUAUGUUCGACAUUUCUUAAUUAAUUCUGUUGUUGAUGUAAAUACGGAUCUAUCCAGUAUUAAUUCAAAAUUAUGUUGCUAUAUGCUAAAUGUUUAUUUUGAAAAUGGAUAUAAUCCUUCCGAUGUUCCUAACUUGUGUUUAAGUGAUACUUAAUAAGCAACCAAGUUUAAAAUUGCUAUUAGUCUUUGUUUUUUUUCAAAUUAUAUGUCUAUUUAUAAUACCAAAAAUUUUGCUUGUUUCACCGAAAAUAUCGUAUAUAUGUAUAGUUUAAAAUAAAAUUACUGAUCAAUCUGAGUAAUUUUUCAGUGGAACCUAUUUUUUCGGUGUCUUGUUCUAUGUAAAAAUAUUUUAUGUAGUGUAUCUGAUACAUGGGUAGUGUCAAAUAGUUUCCUAAAAAUAACGUAACAUCAAACAACACUUUGUUGUUGUUGUUGUUUUUGUUAAAAUUAAAUUUGCUGAACAUUUCUGAUCUGGAACUUCUGACACUAUGCUGUUC